UCUGAAAGAAAAGCAUUCGAAACAAUGAAGCUAGGCUGCUCUGCCUUCUCUGUUUUGCGUAUUCCCUCACUCAGUUCCACUCUCCACUACAGACCCCUCUGUUCUUCUUCCCUAUCACCACCCCAAUAUCAAUCAAAACUCAAAACCCCACUCUAUUUAAGACCCCCCAUCUUCACAGCUUCAUCAUCAGACUUCACCAAAUGGCACAACUGGGCCAAGAACCUCGCUUCCUCAGUCGGCUCAUCAUUUCUCCAAUCAGACAACGGCCCCGACGCCGAUCUCCUCCGCCGAGAGCUCAAGUGGCUCAUUCAAGACGCAGUCGAGGACCAUUCACUCAUACCUCAACUGGGUACUCAAAAUAAUCUCACGAAUGUAAGGCUAAGGGCGUGUUUGGAUGAGCUGUACAGUCUUUGGAGGCAGAGGAUUGAGGAGAGGAGACCUUUUCAGUACGUGGUUGGAUGUGAGCAUUGGCGGGACUUGGUGUUGUGUGUUCAAGAAGGGGUUUUGAUUCCACGGCCUGAGACUGAGAUGGUUGUUGAUUUGGUUGGAGAUUUGGUGGGGAGUAGUGAGGAUUUUAGUGAGGGUUUGUGGGUUGAUUUGGGUACUGGGAGUGGUGCUAUUGCUGUUGGUAUUGGGAGGCUUGUUGGUGCUCAGGGACGGGUGAUUGCCACUGAUUUAAGUCCGGUGGCUGUUGAAGUGGCUACCUAUAAUGCUCAGAGAUAUGGAUUGCAGGAUAUCAUUAAGAUCAGAAAAGGAUCUUGGUUUGAACCAUUAAAAGAUGUUGAAGGAAAGUUAGCUGGCCUCGUGAGUAACCCCCCAUACAUACCAAGUAAUGAUAUCUCUGGUUUACAAGCAGAAGUUGGCCGACAUGAGCCAAAGAUAGCAUUAGAUGGCGGUAUUAACGGCCUGGAUAGUCUUAUUCACCUUACCAAUGGAGCUGCUUCAAUGUUGAAACCUGGUGGCUUUUUUGCAUUUGAGACAAAUGGGGAGAAACAAUGCAAGUUUCUUGUGGAUCACAUGGAAAAUAAUUAUUCCAAACACUUUUUCAAUGUGAAAAUAAUAUCCGACUAUGCUGGUAUCCAACGAUUUGUGACAGGAUUUCGUCAAUGAGAGACGUUAUUCAUCAAUACCUCUCUACACAGUUUACUAAAUUAGGAGACAGAAGAGUUCUCUUAAUUAUUUUACAGAUUGUGCUCUUAUUCAUGGAACCUGAAGAAGUUCAACAAAUGUGAAGCAUUUCAGCGAAGGAUAUAGAAAGCCGGCUGCAGAUUCUGCAAGGCUAAUGAGUUCAGAUAUCGCGUUCCACAAUCUAUAUUGGCAAGGCGCAAAAUGGCUGAUUUCAGGAUUGUUCAAGCCUUGGCACUUGGAACCAUAUUCUGGUAAAAUUUACAAUUUCAUGAAAGUUUCACAAGUCUUUCAAUUUUAUUCAAUUUGUUCUGAAACGUAGGAUUUUGUUUCAAUAAUAUCCAACUCUAAAAUGACACGCGAUUUUGCUUAUGGGGCGCUGAUGUGGCGUGCCACACAUGUGCCAUCAAGGCAAACACUAAGUUAAAAAUCUAAGUAAGUUCUUAAAUUUUUUUGUAAAAAUGUUUACACCCUCAAAUUUAAAUUUGUAAGUACAAAAUUGGUAAAAAUAUUUAAGGGGUAAUGUCAGAAAAAUUCAUCAACUUUACAUGUUUUCUCAGUUUAAUCACGUUUUUUGAAACUUCCCAUAAACAGACACCAACUUUCAAUUUUUUUCAAAUUCAUACAUGAUGCUGACGUUGCACGCAUUCAUUGGUGCAAUUUGUUGAGGUGUAAGUCAUUUUCAUCCAAUGAAUGAGUGACACGUCAUCACCAUGUAUGAAUUUUGGAAAAAAAAUGAAAGUUGGUGUAUGUUUAUGAGAAGUUUUAAAGAAUGUAAUUAAAUUGAGAAAAUGUGUAAAGUUGGUGUAUUUUUAUAACAUUAACCCUUUUUCUAAACAUUGAGAACUUAUUUAAAAUUUUAACAUACUGUUUGCCAUAGUGGCACAUGUGUGGCAAUGCCACAUCAGCACCAAAUAAGCUAAAUCGCUUGCCUUUUUAGAGGUUGAUAUUAUUGAAACGAAAUUAUAUGUUUCAGGACGAUAAAAGUUUGAACUUUUGGGAAACUUUCAUCAAAGGUUUGGCCUUUUAAGUUAUUUGGCUUUUUUUUAUGUACAUUGCAUAUUAGAAGUAUUAAGACUCUAUAGAUUCUCAAUUUUCAAAAAUUAUUUUGGACUUUAUUUUAAUAUGAUAGGUGAAUUAGUUGAUAUAAUUUGUAAUUUAUGAAUAUAGUAUCAUAGAUUGAGGUCAUACUUAAAAUGUGACAUUUAUUUGAAUUUUAAAAAAAAAGCAUACGAAAUAAUUAUAAGGUUUAAUUACUUAAGAAAUCCCCACCUUGAACUUUUUUUUCAUUUAUACUCCGAUUUUGUAAAAAAAUCAUUUGUAUCCAAUUUUGGGUUUUUAGGUUUCAUCUCUACCCAAAAGCACUAAAAUUGUCUCUUUUCACUUGAAAAAAAGUUUAAAAUAAUCAUUCAGUUUAUAUUUAUAUACUAAUUAGACGUAUGAUAUAACCUUUUUUUUUCAUCCUUUAAUUCAUUAAAUUGUCAAUUAUAUUUUUGUAUUAGGUAGAGUUGAAAAAACCCAAAAUUGAAUACAAAUGACAUUUUUACAAGGUUAGGGUAUAAACGAAAAAAAAAAGUUUAAGGUGGGUUGUUUUAAGUAAUUAGGCCUAAUUAUAAAUUUA